UUUUUGAAUUUCAAUAAAAAUAAAUUAAUAGAAAAUCUUCCAUUGAGAUUAACUUUUAGAUUAUUUGAUGUAAAUUGUGUUGGCAUAUUAUUAUUUUAGUUAUCUUACCUUGUACACAAAAUUUAAAGACCAAUUUUAUCGUUUUUAUUUUUGAAUUGUUUUUGGUUAUCUGUUUUUAAAAAUUUUUAAAGGUUUAUGCACCUUCUUAAAAAAAUGAGAUAAGCGCUAUGAUUAAAAAAGUCUGAUUCGGUAUGAAUUAUGCAAGUGAGUUACGCAAUAAUAACUACUACUUAGGAAAAGUUUAACUAGUUUGCGAUUUUUGUGUGUACGUGGUUUGAAAAAAGGUAAGAUUACAAAUUAGCCAUGUUUGUGCGAACUGGAACCGUCAAAAUUUCAAGGUCUCUUUCUAAUGUCUCUCAAAAUUCUCCUGAAAAAAAGUUGUUCAAUCAGCAAAAAAAAAAAAAAGAAAGUUUUCAAUGUAGCUUUUUAGCGCAUCAUAUUAAUGCUAUCCGCAUUGGAGGUUUAGUUCUUCAUCAACAAAGAGUAAAAAUAUGUGUUCGAGGUACACUUUUCGAAACAUUUGAAAGUACUCUCGGAAAUUUCCCAAAUACAUUACUUGGAAAUAUUUCCAAAAGAAACACUUACUUUGACGAAUUACGCGGUGCUUACGUCUUUGAUAGAUGUGUUAAUUCAUUCGAUGCCGUAUUAUUUUACUAUCAAUCAAAAGGAACUCUUGCUAAACCACCUUUAGUAACAAGAGAACAGUUUUAUGAGGAACUCAAUUUUUAUGAGAUUGAUGGAGUAAUAGAUGAACGACACAUGGAAGAUUUGUAUUUUUUAAAACAAAACGACAAAAAAAAUGGGGAUCUACCUAAAGGGUGUUUUCGCUCAACUGUAUGGAAGUUUGUAAACUUCUUCAAUGAUAACUUCCUCCAAACAGCUUACACAUAUGUUAAUUUACUAAUAACUUUGCUUUCUAUUACUGCCUUCUGUUUAGAAACUGAACCAUCAUUGCAGUUUGCCAAGAUUUGGAUUUAUAUAGAAAUAGGAACAGGAAUCUUUUUUGGUAUUGAAUUUAUCUUCUUCGUUUACUCGUGUCCAAACAUCUUCCAGUUAAGACGUUCUUUAAAUGCACUGAUCGACUUAGCUUCAGUUAUUGUUAACGUGGUUUAUAUUUUUCUUUACUUUUUGGUUGGUAAUAAGGUGACUGUGCUGAUACGAUUUUUUAGGGUAAUACGCGUUUUCAAGCUAACAAAGUUUAGUAUGGCGUUGAGGCUGUUUAUUUAUACGCUAUACAAAUGCAGUAAUUUUCUUCAGAUUAUAUUAGUGACUGGGGGGACUUUGAGCUUUGCAUUUGCUGCUUUUAUUUUUAUAUUAGAAAAUCAGUUUAACAAAUAUAAGGAAGAAAGCGCUUUCAGAAGUAUUUUUGAUGCUAUGUGGUAUGCUGUUAUUUCAGCAACUGGUGUUGGUUAUGGAGAUAUACAUCCAACCACUGCUUUAGGAAAAGUUUGCGGUGCAUUUUUAUUAGUUACAGGCAUUUUGCUAUUUUGUCUACCCCAGCCUGUCUUAGUGAACCAAUUUAUAUCGGUUUAUUACUUACCAGAAAUAAUGUGCAACAAAGAAACUUUAAGAAAAAAUGCCAUCAUGAAGAUGAGGCAAACAAUGCUUGGAGAGGUGUAAUAUCGCGUAAAAUAUUUAAAUUUUUCAGUUAAAAAGUAAAAUAAAACAUUAUAAAGUUGAAAAACUAAUUUAAAAAAAGAGUUAUUUAUGAGUUGUUAUGCAAAUUUCCUAAUAAUAAAAAUGAAAGAGAAAAUUUUUGUUAAAAUGUUUUUUAUAUUAUUUCAGCAAUAUUUAUAUAUCAGUAUCAAUAAAAAUGAAUAAAAGUAUACAAUUUAUGUUUAAUAUUAGGCGUAAUUGUAUUAUGAGGAAUAAUGUUUCAAUCUUUGGAGAAAAUAUAUAUAUCUUGUGGCGCAAGAACAAGCUACAUGUAGAACAAUUUCAAUGUAUUUCUUUUAAGGGCAGAGUUAUUCUUUCUCUCUCCCUCUCAAUAACCUAAGUAAAAUUUGAAAUCGAUACUUCUAAUUAAACAAGUUACGUUUGAAUAUAUCAAGAUUUUUUUAUUGCAUUUAUUAUUAAAGGAAGUGUGUCUAGUAUUUUUGCUUUGUACUGAGAGGAUUUGGCAUUUUUAAAGUUUUUGAAACAUCAUUAAAAUUGUGGCGUAUGGCGUACACCCAUUAAAAUUGCUCAAUA